CGGCGCCAAAUUAGUCUAACCUUGUCAGUUGCCUAGCACUUACAUACUUUCAUUAUUUUUCGCCCCUUGUAAACUCUUCAAAUGGACCCUGGAAUACCGCUGGUAGUAGAUAAUGGCACAGGUUUCGUGAAAGUUGGUUACGCAGGCUCGAAUUUCCCUGAACAUGUAUUUCCGUCUAUCGUUGGCCGCCCUAUCCUUCGAGCAGAGGAACGGGUUGGCACUGCAGUGAUCAAGGAUAUCAUGGUUGGAGAUGAAGCUGCCCAAAAUCGAAACUAUCUCCAAGUAACACAGCCAAUGGAGCACGGUAUCAUAAAGAAUUGGGAAGAUAUGAAGCAUCUUUGGGAUUACACGUUUGAUGAGAAGCUCAAAGUUGAUCCAAGAGGAAGAAAAGUGUUAUUGACUGAGCCGCCAAUGAACCCAAAAGCAAACAGGCAAAGGAUGUGCGAGGUGAUGUUUGAAGAGUACGGUCUUGGAGGUGUAUAUGUUGCCAUUCAGGCUGUGUUGACUUUGUAUGCUCAAGGUCUUACAACUGGUGUCGUCGUUGACUCUGGUGAUGGUGUGACUCACAUCGUCCCCGUUUACGAUGGAUUCGCCUUACCUCACUUAACGCGUCGAUUGGAUAUCGCUGGACGAGAUGUCACCAGAUAUCUAAUUAAACUGCUUCUCAUGCGUGGUUAUGCCUUCAACCGAACUGCUGAUUUCGAGACUGUACGAGAGAUCAAAGAGAAAUUAUGUUAUGUUAGCUAUGAUCUCGAUCUUGACACCCGUCUUUCAGAGGAAACAACAGUACUUGUCGAGAGUUACCAGUUGCCUGACGGACGAACAAUCAAAGUCGGUUCAGAGCGAUUCGAAGCACCAGAAUGUAUGUUCCAGCCGCAUUUGGUCGACGUAGAACAGCCCGGUGUAGCAGAAAUGCUGUUCCAGACCAUUCAAAAUGCUGCUGUCGAUAUACGAGCUGAGCUAUACAAGCAUGUCGUCCUCUCUGGUGGAUCAAGCAUGUACCCCGGUCUUCCUAGCCGUCUAGAGAAAGAGAUGAAACAGUUGUAUCUGACGCGUGUCCUGAACGGUGAUCCAUCGAGAUUGAACAAAUUCAAGAUCAGAAUCGAAGACCCUCCUCGACGAAAGCAUAUGGUUUUCCUCGGGGGCGCAGUCCUUGCUGACAUCAUGAAAGGCCGUGAAGAAUUUUGGAUAUCACGAGAGGAGUGGUUCGAGCAGGGUGUUCGAUCCCUCGAUAAGCUUGGCCGAGGAGAAAAUUAGAUGAUACAUUUGUUUAGCAGCUGUGCUGUUUUCCAGUAACCACUGUAAUAUACGGACGGCUUAAAGUAACAUACAA